UUAAGUUUAUUCCUUAUAAGAUAACAUAAAUAAUUUUAAAAAUAUAUAUUUACAGAGUGAUCCAUUUAACGUAAGACACUAAUUAUACUAAAAUUAGAUGGUUAAGCAAUAAAGUGUCUUACGAUAAAUGGAUCACACUGUUUAUAUAUACAUAUGUACUAAAAUUAUAGUAUAACUUCCACCUCCUACUCUGAGUCAUGGGGCUAAAUUCCCAGAAACUCAGGAAAAGGACUACAAGUCCCUCUAACCAUGCAAUGCAUGAGUAUAUUUAAUGACAGCCCCCUGCUGACUUAACUUGACUGCAGUUAGCCAACUGUUUUUUUAGGAGACAAAUAAUGUCAAAUCAAUACGAUGCCGUUAUUUUUGUGACAUUUUAAUGAGUGAAAAGCGAUCGAAAAUUAUUAGUGUGUUUUGUUCAUAGUGCAUAAGGUCUAAGGUGAUUGUCUAAUCUCGAAAGUAUACAGGCACAUAACGCUCGUAUCAAUGAAUGUUUUAUUUUUAAUUGGUGCAGUUCCGUUCGUGCAGGCAAAUUUCAAACAAUAUUAUGGUAAAUAUUUUAUUAUUAUUUUUAAGCUACUAAAAAUGAUUUAUAAAUUAAUGCUAAAUCGCCUACUAAAACUGCUGGACUUAAGUUGGGGUGGAUUUCAAUUUUUAUUCAUUUACACAUUUACAGUGUUUACCUUGAGCAAAUUUUAAUAUUCCAAAAACUAUUACAAUAUAGGUAGUAAUAAAAUUAAUAAAUAUAUUAAAAAUACUGAAAAUACCGUUUUUACGGUUAGUUGAAAAUGAAAUAUUGAACAACGAUUCGAUUAAAUGUGAAUGAACCAGAUAAUGAUGCAAAAUCCGUUUUAAAAAUUAAAAUCUACCUAAAAAAUAACCCCUCAAUUUUCCCUGUUGAUCAGGUCUAAAUAACGGAGUUUUGUAUGUUGCCUGCAGUAUCUUUUAAAUUGUCUUUAACUAAAGAUAAAAAUGAAAUACCUAACUACUUUAUAUUAUAUUUUCUGGUACGUAUAAUUAUUUAUAAAACCAUCGAUCAACCGUUUAUCACAUGUAGCUUAUUUAGACAUGUGACGUGUGUGGUAUGUACUGCCGUUUAUGGUGUACAGUGUCAAAUAAGCAAAUUGAACACAGUACAUAAUAUUGCAUACAAGGCGCAUAUAACUGCAUAAGACGGCACUAAAUUACGAUAAACUUUCCAAGACUUUGAUAACGCUAUAGGCAGUGUAUUAUCAAAUUUCGUUUUAAUCUAUCUAUUGUAAUGAUAGCCACUCUUUAUAAAUAGAUUAUUUUAAAAAGAAUUUCAUCAUCAUAACCCUUAACAUAUAUAUUAUAAUAUUGUAUAUACAGUCACGCAGAUGUUUAUAUUAUAAUAUAAACAUCUGUGGUCAUAUAUUAUUAUACCCUUUUGAUAAAUAAACUGUUUCAUCAGAUCGGACGACACCCCUCGACCACACAAGAGCACUCUCCCUGCGUACGCCAUUGGUGACAGUCAUACGUGAUGAGAUAUAUAAUAUAUGUUUAGUAUAAUAUUGUCGUGUCUUAAAUAAUAAAAUGUGUAGGUACUCUUUGAAAUAACUCUAAUAUAAUAAUUGUGUUCUUGAUUAACAUUAAAUAAUAAGUAAAUCAAUAUUAAACCUAUUUCUUCUUCCUUCGUUCAUCGUAUACCUAGCAAGUUUGCAGUCGAAUUAUUAGGGUUCUGUCGUAUGCAUUCAGUCAAGAUGACUCCCAAGAUGGGUUUCGGACAUGUAUAUCUAACAUUAGCGGCAUGUAUGUCAUCACUCUUUCAGUUUCUGAGAUGGUUCAUUGGAUCCGUUAUUUUCGCACACAACAGAAAUCCAUUGCUGUUAUCAUUAACGUCUUCUAAUAAAAGUGCAAGCGAUGGCACACCAUCUAACGAACCACAGGGCAAGAAGUUCAGACAAUACGUCACCGCACUGUCCGCCACAGUCGGUCCGUUCGCCGUGGGCACGGUGCUUGCGUGGACGUCACCUGCGUUGCCCAUGCUGUUGUCCGCAGACUCGACCAUCAAGAUAACGCCUGACCAGGGGUCGUGGGUGGGUUCCCUGAUCGCCAUCGGCGCUAUCUUCGGGUCAAUACCGGCCGGCAAGACCGCUGACUUGAUCGGCCGAAAACCCGUCAUCGCCUUCCUGCCACUGCCGUUCAUCACCAGCUGGUUACUGAUUUACUUCGCGAAAGACGUCUGGUAUCUUUACGUGGCGCGUCUGGUCGCCGGCACCUGCCUCGGCGCAAUCACCGCCACCGUCCCGAUGUACAUCGGCGAGAUAGCCGAGAAGUCCAUCAGAGGUGAACUGUGCUCUUACGUACAGGUAAACGUGACGCUGGGCAUAUUGUACGUUUACUCGAUCGGUCCGUUCGUGAAUUACGCGUGGCUGGCCAUCAUGUGUGGCAUCUUACCGGUGAUUUGGUUCAUCCUGGUCCUGUUGGUGUUGCCCGAAUCGCCCACGUAUCUCUGGCGAUCCGGCAAGAAUAAGGAAGCAGAAGACGUGUUGGUUAUGUUGCGCGGGAAAGACUACGACAUCAGCGGCGAGCUGCAGGCGCUGCAGAAGGAACUCGAGGAGAAGAAGCCGAACGGUAAGUUAAAGGAUAUGGUGAAAUCCAAGGCCACGUUACGCGCGGCAUUCACCGCCUUGGGUCUGUUUGGGUUCCUGUCAUGUUCGGGCAUCAACGUGGUAAUAUUCAACGCCCAGACCAUAUUCAGCAGCACCGGUAGCAUCGUAUCCCCGAAAACCAGCUCCAUCGUCAUCGGGAUCCUCCAAGUCAUAUUCACUUUCACGUCGUCGCAGCUAGUGGACAGGGCUGGCCGGCGAGUGUUGCUGCUGAUCUCCGAUUCGGUGAUGGCCGUGUGCCUCGGAUCCCUGGGCUUCUACUUCUGGCAAUUAGAGCAUGGCGUCGACACGUCGGUGUUCAGCCUUGUACCACUCAUCAGCUUGGGCGUUUACAUCAGUACGUUUUCUCUAGGCUUCGGGCCCAUACCGGGUGUCAUGGUCGGAGAGCUCUUCAGCCCGGAAUUUAAGGGACUGGCCAUCGGAAUCGUCUGUGUGCUCGCAUCGUUGAUCGAGUUCAGUGUCGUCAAGUCGUAUCAGACGCUGUUGGACAACUACGGCCGCGGUGUCACGUUCGGAGUAUUCGCCGGGUGCUGCGUGAUGGGUACCCUGUUUGUGUUAUUCCUUGUGCCGGAGACUAAGAACAAGUCUCUGCAGGAAAUCCAGGAUGAGCUCAGUGGCAAGAAGAAAUCCGAACAGAAGCAAGGCCCGUCGGGAUCAUAGGAUGCCAGCACUUAAACAACUUUGAACCAAAAUUCGUCGUCACACGGUAGUGUUGCAAACAACCACGCACACAUAUAAUUGUGAUCCGCUAUAUAAAUAAAUAAAAAAUGUAAUUACAAAUUAUGA